UCCGGCUUUAUAAACCCGGCGCUGGGGCGCUGCCUCUGGGAUUUGCCUCGCCCCGAGCCAUGUCCUGCCUCUGCUGGGGGCUGCUGCUGCUGCUCCUGGGCGGCCCCGCGCUGGCGGCCCCUUUGCGAUGGGACAGAUCCCCGUUCAUCAUCUCGGAGAGCGAGCGGGGGCCGCCGUGCCCGGCCGAAUGCCCCCGCGAGCGCCACCGGCCCGUCUGCGCCUCCGACGGCAAACUCUACCGAUCCCACUGCGUCUUCCAGCGCGCCCGGUGCCAGGAGCCCCUCCUCCAGGCGCUGCCCCGCUUCCGCUGUGGGGGCACCCACCGGGACCCCACCAGCGUGAACCUCACCCGCUGCCAAGAGGAUCGCGCAGCCGCCCUGGCCCGGCGCCAGGCCGACUCCAUCUACGUCCCUGAGUGCGACGAGGACGGUUCCUUCUUCCAGGUGCAGUGCCACAGGCAGACGGGCUACUGCUGGUGUGCCACCGCCGAGGGCAAACCCAUCAGCGGGACGUCCGUGCUCAACCAGACACCCAACUGCACAGGUUCCUAUGUGGUGCGACCGUCCUGGCAGGACCCUAACUCCUCACGGAGAGAAAGCGGCAGACCCAGGCCCACUCCGGCAAGCCCCCCACCCCACAAGCAGGAAGAGGGGACCUCGCUGCCGUUCCUCAUACCCAUCAUCCUCCCCGACUUCAAGCCCAACCGCACGGUGAAGCGGAUUCAAGAGUUCCCUCCAUCCUGCGAGCAGGAGCGGCUGGAGGCCCUCGAGGAAAUUCAGCAGCACCAGCAGGAGGGGACAUUCGUCCCGGAGUGCGAGGGAGACGACACCUACAAACCCAUCCAGUGCCACCAGGCCACGGGCUACUGCUGGUGCGUGCAGGCUGACACUGGCCGGCCUAUCCCCGGCACCUCCACCAGGAACUUCCCGCCGGACUGCGAGUCUGAUGCUGCAGCCAAGAGCGCAGAGAUGAGCUCUCUCUUCCGGGACAGAGCGCUGCCAGGCUGCCCGGGUCCCAAGAAGGCGGAGUUCCUGUCCAAUCUGAUGAAGGCCUUGACGUCCGACAUGAUCCAGUCUCGCCUGAUGCCCGUCACGUAUAGGAGGCUGUCGGAUCGCACGCCAGGCCCCAGCCUGGAGGAGCGGGCGGCACGCUGGCAUUUCGUGCGCCUGGACAAGGACUUCAGCGAUGGGCUGAGCGAGCAGGAGUUGCGGCCCCUCAAGCUCUACGUGAAGCAGCACACGCGGCCCAAACGCUGCGCCCGCAAGUUCCUGGAGUACUGCGACCUGGACGCCAACCGGCUCGUCUCCCUGCCGGAGCUCAGGGGCUGCCUGGGGCUCAGCUAGCACUGGGCGUUGACUCGAAGAGGGGCGCACCCCGCUUCGCCCUUCCCACCCCCAGGGGGCGCUGCCUCGCCCAGCACUGCAUUCCCACCUC